AUGAAGACAAUCAGGAUCCUGUGUCAAGUCGCAAUCGUCCUCUCAGCGGGGUCGGCCUCUCACGUGUCAAGCCCUAACGCAGCGCCAUGCUGGGACCGUAAUCUCGUGGACUUAUCGUAUCCGUUCAACAACGAGACAAUCUACUGGACAGACGACAAACACUUCGUUUUCAACGCCACCGUCGCCGCGGAAAACGAGGAAUGGUAUCAGCUGGACAGCAUCAGUACCCCGACGCACGGCGGCACGCAUCUUGACUCGCCUCUACACUUCAAUAAAGCAGGCUGGUCAGUGUCCCAGAUCCCUAUACAGAGGCUCAUGUUCCUGCCCAUUGCCCUGCUCGACAUCCAAGAACAAUCGGCAAGCAAUCCGGACUACCAGUUGACCGUCGACGACAUCCGACAAUGGGAAGACCGGAACGGACGGCUCCCCGACGGCUGCCUGCUCCUUGUACGCUCCGGACGAGCCAAGUUUUGGCCCGACCGGUCACCCUACUUGGGCCAGGAUUCUCGGGGACGCCGCCACUUCCCCUCCAUUUCGCCCAACGCGGCGCGCUAUCUGGCGGAGCAGCGGCAAGUCUACGGCGUCGGCUUGGACACGCCUUCGCUGGACAUACCCGGACAGACCGCGACGCACGUCAUCCUGUCAGCGCGGAACAUUUACAACCUCGAAAACCUGGCCGACCUGAGCCUCCUUCCCAACACGGGGGCACACGGUGUAGUUCUGCCGAUGAAGAUAGAUGGCGCCAGUGGCGCUUCUGUUCGCGUCGUGGCCAUUCUACCUUAA